GGACGCGAAGGGGCGCAACUAGGCUCGAAGGGGCGCGAAGAGGCGGCAGUAGUGUAGCAUUUCUUCCCGGUAGGUGGAAGGGUCUUGGAAGUCAGGAUGAGUCUCUGAGUGUGACUAGCUAGCUGAUACGAUUAUGGCCGGAGACACGACGACUUUCGGGUAUUUCGAGAGCCCUUGACGUCAAACUGGCGUGGAACCGAUUAGUCCCACCACCACCACCACUAGGACCACCAUCACCUCCACCUACCUACCGAGCAACAGGAGGAGAUCAAGGAGCUGAGGGCUCGAAGAAGACGGAGAAGAAGAAGAAGAAGAAGAAGAAGAAGAAGAAGAAGAAGGAGAAGGAUCGAGAGAAAAAAAGACCGAGGACCGACAGUAAAACAUAAAGGCAUAAAGCCCCUGAUAACCUGCCUUUGAAAAGCAGUUCCACUUUUGCUGUCAAGCUCUGAUUCUCGGGGACAAACUUGAAGCAGUGACGAUCCGUAAAGAAAUCCAGUGGAGUCGUUCGCAGGUUCGCCUCUCAUGAGCAGGAGUCCGUCGUCGCCAUGCAGAGUUGAUCCAGCGAUCGCAAGUGUGACUGUUAAUUGCCCUAGGGAAGUAUCUAGGGUCCGAUUGCCCGGCCCAGAUUUGGCGUCUUCGUCCCUCUGCUCCUCUUUGUCCAAUGGAACCUGUCUAAUCACACGGAUCAAACUCAGACGUGCUCUGGACCAAGAUAAGCCGGGAACUCUCCGCUCCGUUACCAUUGCUGAUCGCCUCUCGCAUCCAGGCCGACCCAUGGUGAUGUUGCGACGUCCCUUGAGAUGGUCAAGUCCAUCUGUGGUACUCUUUUGCUUUGGUUUGGCCUUUCUCACACAAAUCAUGUUUCAAAUGGCAGCAGCCACGCCUCUUGACAGGAAUUUGGCUAGUUUGGCAGCCAGAGACGAGUUAUCGCCUGAAGAACUUUCCGAGGUGCUUCGCGGAGAUCCUUCGUAUGUGUUGGGCAUGUUGAGCCAACUCCGAUCCAGCAUCCUUAAGCCACUUGAAAAGUCAUCCCGGAGCUAUUUUAGACGACCAACUCCCACACAGAGGGAAGAACUGGAACCCGACUUCUCCAACAAGCGUGCCAUCGACUUUGGUCUGGGUCGUGGCUACUCGGGGAAUCAAGCGGCCAAGCACUUCAUGGGCCUAGUGGCCUCUCAGUAUGCAGGAGGACCUGGCAAGAAACGAAAACGCGUCGAUCCCGGAGUGCUCAUGAACCCCAAAUACAGCUCCACCACCAUGCAAGGUCGACGACGAUAAAUAAAUCUCCUACGUUACCACCCUACCCCCGGGGGAAACUUUUACACUACAUGACCACCUCUCCCCCCCCCCCCCCUCGCCGCUCGCUUGGUGCCCUCAAUUCCUUCAUUUCGUCUGAUCAUCUUGUUCCUCUUGUUCCUGGCGGCCCACUCCCUCUUACGUUCAUCACCGCUCCAAACCAUGAAACCAACCAACCGCCCUUCUUAACACCAAGUCAAUCCCGCUCUAAGAUUGCCAACUCGCACAUCCCGUUUACUGCAAGCAUUUUUUCCCAUAAUACGUCUCCACUCAUCCUCCAAUGGGUUAAAGACGACGACCCGUUGUUUAAUGUAUCACGUUUAGUUCCAUUGGUGGGUCAAUUUUUGCCCCAUUUCAUUUCUGCUAACGAGUUAAGAAAGCGCAUGAGGUUCCCAGGUACAAGCAGGUGGGGUGUAACUAAGAACAUCAUUGACAAUUCCGAAUGCUCCCUCACCCCUCAGAAUUUCACCACCACGUCGUCAGUGGUUGUUCCUUCCUCCGUGUGCCCAUCGUUUCCUAAGUAUCCUGCUCUUCUCGUUGUUGCCGCGUAAUUCCAAGGCGUUCCUUCUUUCAUUAUCUUCUCAAAUUUGCUCUGAAAAUAAAUAACAUCUAUAGAGGCUGAUGGAUGAGCGUGUGUGCGUGAAUGAUUGCAAGCGCACUUCAGUACAAAAUGGAGGAAAACGGGGAAGGGGAGAGGGAGAGGUUGAUGGAUGGCUCACCCUUAGAUGUAACUCCAUGACCAUCUGAGUCCAUUCUUUGUUCGUCCAUGUGCUUCAGUCCACUAGUCAGCACUCCUCCAUUCCGAUGAAGUUCAGGGACUCGUCUCCAAGCUGCCAGAUUGGCAUUAAGAAAUAGUCGUCUUCCCCACCCACGGAUCGAUUAGUAAGACUACUUACAAUUGUGUGAAAUGUGGAGUUGUGGUCUUGUUUCGUGUCACGGCGGGUUCGCCCACUAACCCAGCCGUCCACCCACAUUAACAACAGCGAUUAUCAUGGCGUAUGAGUAGUAAGCGUUCUGCAUUAUGUGCAUAAAUCAUCCAAACAAACGUCAUUAAUUAUUAUAGGUGAUUAUUACCACUAUUAUUACUAGUAUUGCAUUGAGGCUGGUGUUGAUGACUGAAAAAUGCUUUUAUCAUCCGUUGAAUAAUUUUGUACAUAUCUCAUUUACUCCUCUCCUCCUUUACAAUAUAUGUACUGCUCCAACAACCACAACGAUUUUAGAUUUUGAACGAGUCAUUCACUUCAUUGUAGUUUGAUUUAUUGGUCGAUGUAUGGCCCUAUGCUCUGGUUGAAUAAAUUUCUUACACAGA